AUGUCAGCUACCUCACCAAACGGCGAGUCGUUCUUCUUGCCAGCAGGAAGAGCUCAAGGACUCGCCAAUUAUCCACACGCGCGCAUUGUGCCGGGCACACAAAAGACGCUGUACGUUUCGGGUACAUCGUCGCGGCGGGGUGAUGGCACGUACGCGGGGUGCACUACAGACGCCGACGGCAAUCACACACUUGACAUUCGUGAGCAGACAAAGGCUGUACUCGAAAACAUUGGGUCAAUCAUUCAAGGAGCCACCAACGGCACUGCAGGCUUGGAGAGUGUGGUGGAUGCCACAGUUUUCUUGACUGAUAUGAAGGAUUACGCCGGUAUGAACGAGGAGUGGAACAAGGUCUGGCCCGAGAAGACAAAGGCUCCAGCCAGAACAUGCGUCCAGGUAGCGGCACUGCCCAAUGUCAAGCUAAACGUCGAGAUCAAAUGCACAGCUCUCUAUCAUGAAGCUUCUUGA